UCGAGAUCGUAUUUCACAUCCCCAAUAUGGCGGACGUGGGAUUGGACGUCGUUSAAGUUUCGGUUUUCUUACGUGGACCAUCAGUCAGCACAGGACUGAUUCAGCUCAACUCAAGCGAACUAAAGACUGAUCUUUUCAAUUUCGUCUAUGUUGGCGCUAAUUCGUACCGGCUUUGAUCUACUCUUAGAACGUUUUCGAAGGCGUUGGGGACCAUUUUUGUGGCGAGCACUGCUCAUUUUGGUCGAACGAGCAGUUUUURGAAGUUUAACUUUGUUAGGGAUCAUAAUGGAGGACGAUGACGUCUUCACAGAUCCUCUAAGYKCUCAAAAUGGAAAUCAUGAUUACCUUCCUCGUGAACUCGAAAUGAGAGCGCGAGGGCUUAGUGGAAUGGGAAUGCGUUCGCUCUCUUUACCAGAUGUAUCUCAUGAAAAAGGAGCUGAAAGYAAAUCUAAACAUGGUCAACAAUCCAUUAUGAAUCCCGUGAAGGAGUUUAUUGUUAACUUUGUCAAUAGGAAGGCUAAAAAACGUGAGGCGGAAGACAAAAGUAAAAGUAGCGCUGGACGAGGGCACGCGUUUAUUCCUUUCCAACUACGAAACCCAACCUGGUGUGACUUAUGUGGCGAGUUCAUUUGGGGCUUGUAUAAACAGUGUGUUCGUUGCAAAAAUUGUAAAUAUACAUGUCACUGGAGAUGUCGUGAAGAAAUAGACUUAGAUUGUAUUGGUCAUGAGGAUUGGCGACAAAAUAUAGCAAGAAAUAUGUCCAUUGAUGAAAUAGCUAUGAAAACUCUACAUCUACUUGAUCAGGAUGAUCCUAAAAGAAAUGAACCAUAUACAAUGAUCUCCACAAAUAUAUCAUCUGAUAGUCUGAGAAGGAAAAUUGAAACUUUCAACACCCAAACCACAGGACUUAUUAUGACAAUGAAAGACGACUCAGUGUUUCAAGGCUUUAUUCGUGUACAUAUGAAUCUUCUUCGUCCAAUUAAUAUUGUUGCUGGUCAGAGACCUUUAUCGAUAUUUGAAAUUGUUGGCAAUUCUGUGGAUAGUAAGAAAAGCCAGAGAACUUCGUUCUUCCUACCCCUUGGUACUGUCAAAGCUUUGCACGUUACUAGUGAAACCACAGUACAAGAGGUUAUUGAGGCUCUUUUAAAGAAGUUUAAGAUUGCRGACAACCCUAGGAAAUUUGCUCUUUUUGAGUGUUACCAAGAACAAGAUG